AUGGAGGAGGCGCUGCUGUCCACCCCCAUCAACCCCAACAACUUCCCCGCCAAGCUGUGGCGGCUGGUGAACAGCCCUCGGUACCGCUCCAUCCGCUGGGACGGCCGCGGCGAGGGCCUGCUCAUCGACCAGCCGCUCUUCGAGGCCGAGCUGCUUAGCCCGCCGGGCCCGGGGGCCGGGGGCGCGGGGGGAGCCGGGAGCAGCAGCGGGGGCGGCGGCAGCGGCGUCGGGGCAGCCGGGGCCGAGCCCGAGCUCUUCAAAACCACCAACUUCACCAGCUUCAUCCGCCAGCUCAACCUCUACGGCUUCCGCAAGGUGGUGCUGGGUGGGCCGGGGGCAGCGGGGCCCGGGCCAGGGCCUGGGGCUGGCGGGCCGGCGGGCGACGGGCCACUCCACCACUUCCACAGCCCGCACUUCCGUCGCGACCAGCCUCAGCUGCUCGUUCACCUCAAGAGGCUCACUAGCGCCAACAAGGCCAAGCUGGCGGCCGGACUGGAGGUGCCCUGUCGCCCGCCCAACCGCUUCCAGCGGCUCCUCAUCACCUCAGCCUCUGCCUCCGCCUCCGCUUCCACCUCCCCGCUGCAGCAUCAGGACCCGCCGCCCCAGCCCGCAGGGCCCCGGCCAGAGCAGCAUGGACCAGUGGCUGUAGGACAAUUUCACCGGUCAUUCCGGCGAGAUAAUUUGUCUCCUUAUUCCUACGUAUCAACUUCAUCCCACAACCACAGCACGUUCCCUCUGAAAGGUUUAGAUCGAACCCCGAUUCCUCCUAGAACAUGGCAGAACUCCCUUGGAAUGCACCCUGGACAAGUGGAGACAUCUCCCACUUUUUCAGAUAAAGGGGUUCCAUUUCCUGUACUGCAGAGAUUUCCAACUGAGGUUACUUACACGCUGCAGCCCAGCGCCACAUCUGUACAUGUUCAACAAGGUCCUCAAACAAUGGUCAGCUCCUCCCAAAAAUACAGUAACUACACACCCUCGGCGCAGUACUCCCAAGCCUACUACCCGACAGCUGUGCUACAGUGCUGCUCUCCUUCCACCCACAUGGAUGCCCUAAGUAGCUGUGUCACUCCUACUGCCUCUUCCUAUGCACACUGUAACUACUUCCAGAAUCCUCCAAUGCAAUCUUCCUAUCCAGUUGAAUUUCUGCCUUCUAAUUGGCCUUGCAGUGCUACUGAUGAAAAUAAAAAGACAGAAGUAAAUCUAGAGGCUGUCUUUCAAAUAGUAGAUGAGUUGCAUUCCUCCCCUAAAUUGGAGAUGGUAAAGGUGGAGCCUGUUGAGAAUCAGUGUCCAUCAUCUCAGUCUAACAGAGGCCAGCAUAUCUUACCUAACUCAAACAACAGCAAUCCAUCUUCCACAAAUCAGGCUAGCCAGCUGGAGCCACUUACUCCUGUAGGCUCAGAUAUUACGUCUUUUGUGGUUGGAACAGAACAAGCAAUUACCUGCUCUCUACCACAGUCACCUGAGUACAUCUAUACCAUCCACACAGCUCAACCUUUGGAAAAUAGCACAAUGCAGGAAUCUGCAACCAUCCAGCAAAGUCAUGUCAAACUGAAGGAGCAGCUAAAUCAUAACCCAUCUCCGUCUUCAGUAGUAUUUGUGCAGGAAGGGCUACCGUUCAGCACACAACAGGUGGAUAGCAGUAUAAAAUGCCAGGCCAAUCCACAGGAGAAUAUAUUGCCUUCAGAACAAAUGGGAUUCCUUAUUUCAGAAAUGGGGCCUGCUAGCAAGGCUAGUAAAGACACAGGCUUAUCCACUCCAACCAGAUACAGAGAGCGGAGAAGCAACUCACGAGGAAAGUCCCCUGAUCUUCAUCUGCUGGUGGACGUGGCCUGCAAGCAGGAGCACUUUCCAAAGGAGGAAGAGUUGAAAGAGUGAGACGGAGUGGAUGCUGGAUGUGACAUUGUGCACUAGCCACAGCUGGGCACAGACUAGACUUGCA